AAUGGACACCAGUAAAAAAAAAAAGAAGCAAGGAAAAGUAACCAACAAGUACGAGUAUAAAAGCGGAAACAAGUUCUAAAGGAAAAUCGCCAAGACCCUUCAUCCCUGCCCUUCCCUAUCUUAUCAUACCGGUAGACUAUCUGCCCGUUUUUGUUUUCUGUUGCCUUGACCAAGCGCAUGGUGGUUGCCCUGUUUGGAUGCACCAAGUAUAGCCUCAGCUGGCAGUGUCACUGACUAACCAGGCUAAGCCACAGUGAAUCGUCUGGCCGCCUCUAGUGCCCUCCAUCACCGUUCCUCUUUCACACAACGCACACCUCUCCCCGUUCCCCUCCUCCCUACCUUACCCUACCCGUUUCCUUGCCUGUGCCUGUCACCUACUUUCCCACCUACCCCUUCUGCUCGCAGCAGUGCUCGUCGACUACAGCCGUUUGGUAUGGUGCACCGCGCUCGCGCAUUCCCGGGCUUGAAUGUUUCACUACUAUUAGUCGGAUAUUAUUAUCGCUCUCUCAAUACAGCCUCCCUUUUGUGACAAAACUCACUCCGACUGCCCUCCGAGAUACUUUGUGUCCAAGUGGCCAGCCCCUGAACACUGGCCCUCCCUUUCGCCAUGUUGAACGGCAUGGGCUCCGCGAAGCCCCUCUACCCUUCCACAAAUGGGUCCGACCAGCGUAACGGUGGUCCAAGAUACGCUUCGGCGGCCACGAAUAGCUGUCCACCAUCGCAUAUACUCGAAAAACACUUCUCAUCGCCAAAUGAAGAGUCCCAUCCCCGAUUUAAUGCUGUGAGAAUGACCUCUCCUCUGUUCCCCUUAUUUUCCCCGCCCGGUUUAUUUUGUCUUCUUUCGUGAUGACUUCUUUCGUAGUGCGGCUGUGACAGCCCAAAUUUCAAUUAAACUUGUCUCAAUAUAGCAGUUGCUUAACCUUCUUUUUCUUAUAGUUAAAUAAGACCCGGCCGCGAUCCUCAGCACUUCUGAACGUUAACGAUCCCAUGGCAAUGCAUUUGUUGGUCGAAACUGCCAUAGUAGACUCUACCGAGUAUGAAAUUCUUUCUUAUGAAGAAGUGGACGAGCUCAAGAAGGAAUACAAUUUCCUCGCCAAUCGCAUCGACGCAUCAAAACGGAAGCUCGCUUUAGAAUCCAAGGUUCGCGAUGCCGCCCUGUCCCUAAGCAGGCUCUACUCGAAGAAGGGCAGACAACGGCGGUCCUUGCUGGGCGGCGUUAGUGACGUUACGAAGCAUACCGACGAGGAAUUAAUGGCAAGCAACAGGAAAUGUGAGGAGCUGUCACAGGAACUUUGGCGAUUGAACAAUAGGGCCGUGGAAAUACAGCGGAGAUUAUUGCAGCACGGAGCCGGAAUCCUGGGCAUGACGCACCAGGGUGGCGUCAAAAACUUGCCGAAGCUUCCACCCUCCCCAAACUCCCCUUCAGGUACCUUUAGUUCGGUCAACAGGAGGGGCACAAUGUCUUCCAUGAAUGUUGAAUUCGACGACCGUAGCUUUUACCGGACUCCCGAUAAGCUAGACGAAUUUGGGUUUUUUGACCAAAACCCACCAGCCGACAAGAGCAGCAGAUUUCAGCGUGGAGAUGCACGUCCCUCUUCCCCAAGAGGUUCCACCCCUAGCGACGAUCCAUAUACUGCACGCCGCCUCGAGGAGGCCAACCGCCAGCUACGGACUGUGCUGAUCCAACUCACCACUAACCAAGCACUGCCCCCUCCCGGCCAUGUUCCUGUUAAUGGUACCUUGAACAGCACCCGUUUACCCGAACAACUCGCCCUAUUAGAACAGAAUAUUAAAGUUCUACAACAAAGCAACUUCCACCCCCCACCGAGCCCCGGAACACCCAAACCAGCUCAUGAUCUUGAAAGAACUGAAGCCAUACUAUCGACCCUAUGGGACAUGCUGGUGAUGGGUGAAGAGGAAAUCCGGAGCCAAAGAAGAGCAAAAGAACAUGAUCCAGCCGCGAACGAUUAUCCCAAGUCAGAGGAUGAGCUCGGCGAUGAAGAGGCUGGAGAAUUCUCAAUAUCAGCCUUUUCGGCAAAAGUACAGGCGCUUUACACUCGGGCAACACAACUUUACGCUGAGAGAUCGAUGCUGCGGCAAAAGGUUUACCAGCAGCGAGUGCACUUUGAGACCGAGACCGAAGGACUAAAAGAACAGCAUCGCGCCAGAGUAGAUAAUCUCAAUGAAGAGUUUUCGACACUCGGUAGCCAGCUAGAACAAUUUGCAAACAUCGUUAACCAACGGGAAAGCGAUAUUAUGGCAGCGAGCGGAAAAAUAAAGCACUUGAUGAACGAGCUAGAUGCAACUCAUGCUGAAGUGCAGGAGAAGAGGGAGGAGGCUAGAAAUGCGAGGGAGGAGCUCACUGCAGUAAUGGAGCAACUAGAUAUUCAGCGAAGAAAGGACCAACAAAGAAUCAUGGAGGACAAUGCUGGGCGUGGGAAGGACUCGAUGGCGUUAGAGGCUGAGAAACAAGCUAGGGUGGAGGCGGAGGAAGGAUUUAUUGCUCAGAUUAGGGAGAGGGAGGAGGAGCUCACUGAGCUCCGAAUCCAGUUCGACGAGGUGAGAGAGGACAGAGAUAUUGCCAAGGCGGAACUCGGCAUUCUAACCAGAGAGAAUAAUGAGCGGCUGCAGAGGUUAGAAGGAGAAAUUGCGGCUUUGGAGGAGGCUAGGAGGAACGUAGAAGAAGGGAAGGGGCAACACUUGGAGAAGGAAACGGCGAUGAGAGAGGAGAUGGCAGAGAAGGAGCAGCAGAUGGCUCAGAUGGAUGAAGAAAUGAGGGGAUUGGAGGGCAAAGUUGCGGAAUUGAGUACUAAAGUUGCGCUACUCAAGGCCGAGCUCGAUUCAGCCUAUGGAUCGAGACAACAGAGGGCGGCAGAGACAGCGCAGGCUCAAGCUGCCGCAGCAGCUUUGGAGGCGGCUGGCAACCGGCCACAGGUUGUAGAUCCUGGUCUUCUGCAGGAGGUCGAAGCUCUCGCCAUGAAGAACCAUGAGUUGAUGGUAGAGAUUGCCCAAUUGAAAGCUGAGAAGACCACGCCAUCCACCGACAGCAACCUCGAAAAACGCUGCAAGCUCCUCCAAAGCGAGCUCGAUGGCAUGCUUGCUGAUUUCGAGAACCUCACUAAGCAAUCGAUCGAGUUUGAGAGUGAGCGUAUGAAGCUAGAAGCCCUUGUCGAUAGUCUUCGGACCAAAUGUGAGAAUCUCGAAACAAACCUGGCGGAUGAGAGAGUUCGCUGGUUGGGUGUUCGCACUCCUAAUGAUGGAAAGCGCGGCGGAAGACAUGCUGGAGAUAUCCCAGGGGAAAACAUCAGCACGACAGUUCUAAGGAAUGAGUUCAGGGAGAUGACGAGAAAUAUGAGGGCCGAGCAAACAAAAGUGUUGCGAGUAUGUCACAAUAGCCCCCUAUCCCCCCCCUUUUUUUUCUUCCUCUCCUUCUCCCUCCCGCUUCUGGUUCUCCAGGCAUAGAGCAUACUGACGCGUGAUGUAGGCGGAACAUGACGAACGCCGGAGAUUGGAAGGAAUUGUACGCAAUCUCAAGAAAGAGCAACUCCAACGAACGGGCUACAUAUCCGCAUCUACAUCCUCUACACAAUAAUCUCCACUAUCGCCUCCCCCGGACACCUCCCCCCCCUCUCCUUUACCCCUCUUCUCUCCACUUGUCCCACCCAACCUCCAUUACCAUCUCACCACCCGAACUAAUAGCUGCCACUCUGAUAUUAUAUAUCCUGGAGGUCUGCAUGUGAGGAUUGGGCCUUAAUAACAUAUGGGGAUUCUAUAGAAAUGAUAACCACGGUGGGCAAUAUACAUAAGAAAUAUCCAAUAGGUAGGAAUACUAUUGGAGCAGAAAAAAGAGGGGGGUGGAAUAUGGUUGGGGCGCCUUUUUUUCGUGAUCUCUAUCCUCUCCCUUGCCUUGCAAGCUCUUGAAUACCUUUCCUUCGUUCUCGUAACCGGAUUUGUUUACCGUUUGUCUUUUUAUAUCUAUACCUAACUUGUCUGAGUGGAUUAUUCGUUCUCACGAUUAACUUCUUGGGUUAUUGUAUCUAAUCUAUCCCCUCAUCUGUGCUAUUACAGCUCCGUCCUUUCGGUUGCGGGGAACACUUUUUUCCCCAUCUUGACUUGAAUGUUUCCCUCCGUAUAGUAUCUUAACAAGCUUAAUUCUUGAAUGUAUCCGGUAUGCACCUAAAGCAAAGCAAUGUCCUUCUGAAGGAUGUCGAAUGGACUCCUCACCCAGAGAACCCUGGUAUCUCAACCCCGACCUUCCGUUCCCUGGCAAUCUUGACAAUCUCUUCUGCAGCAAUGAGAUCCAUGAUCGCCAGUCCAACACAUUUAAACACCACGUCACCCAGGUAUUUUUCACCAAGGCCAUGACUCAAGUCGCUAGCCACGCUCCCAAUAUCCACCAAGUCCUCCGCCCCGAGCCCAGCCUGUAUCACCUCCCCUGCUUCAAUGAGGCACGCUUCGACAGAGUCCACAACCACAGUCACAGACUCCCUCCCUAAAUACCUGGGGCUAAGCUCUUUCAUAUGCGGCGUAUACGAGCCGAUCAAGGAGAUAUAUCGCCCCUUCUCAUCCGUGAGGAAUUCCACAGGGAACAACUCCACCGCCGACGGCGUGCAGCAGAAUAUUGCAUCCGCCUCACGGAGCUCAUUUUGGACCUCCCGAUCAAUUCCCCCGCCAUAUGUUUUCCAGCCUAUUUCCGUAUCGGAUUCCGCCCCGCUGCGGAAUUUAUCCACGAAUGCCUCCAUCUUCUCCGGGCCAUUCCCUUCCCGCCCGAUAAUAGCCAGCCCCUUCAGAUUAGGGCACAACCUGAGCAAAAGCCUCGAAAUCCACUCUGCCUGUUUCCCCGUGCCAAAUAUCACUGCCCUCUCCACGACUGCCCCAUACCUGAUCCUCCCAAGCAGCAGCACGAUACUAACACAGGCUGUCCUGAAGGCGGUGAUCUCCUCCGCGUUCAGAACUGCAAGCAAUCUUCCCGCAGCGUCCUGUAGCGUGAUUAUGCCGUUCGGCGGGGAUGGAGGUGUUGGUGGCGUUGGCAGGGUUACGGAUUUUAUGGAUGUUAGGCUUGGGGUUGAGCAGGGCAUGAUGAGGGUUGUGUAGUUGGCGGCGGCAUUAUUCUGGAGGGUUUGGCGAGGGGGUUGAGUUAUUACAGGAGUGGGAGGGAUCCCGCUAUAGGAGGGGGAGGGCUGGGUGAGGGUUUGUAGGGACGCGGUUAAGGAGGUGAUGAUGUUGUGAAUUGUGGGUGCUGGGAGGGAUGU